UUAUAACAAAAUGCGCGUCUUUUCGCGAGCCGAGAGGAUGCCGUAGCAGUCGGACACACGUUUACGUGAAACGAUGCUGUUUGCGGGGCUGAUAAGGAAAUCGCGGGAGAAUUUCCGCGUGUUUUAGUGACCUGCUAAUCCCAAUUUUUCGGCCCCCUCCGGAGCCACAGCGCUUGAACGAGAGAGCAUCCGAGCACGGUUUGCGGAUGUGAGGAAGGGACCCAACGUUAUUUAUAGGGAGUAGCUAACCUACGGCAGUAUUGAGAAUACACAUCAAUCCUGACUGGACACUCCGGAUACCACCUGAAGGCAAAGGAUAAAGUGAAAGCAGCUGGUUUACUUUGACUUCUUUACGCACGUCUGGUCACCUGUUCCCCCUCUGCACCUGCCUCUUCACCAAACAGCCUUUGCAGUUCCUCAGUGCCGGUUGAAGACAUGGAUUGGGCGACACCAGCUGCCAAACUGAAUCCUUACACUCGAGCUCGCAUGACAGAGGCCUGGCAGCAGCAUGCGGUUGCACCACCUCAGGUUGUCCACACCAUCCCUCCAGGAGCUGAGAACGCACUGGGCUGUGCUGUGUAUGGUAUUGUACUGCAGCCAGAUGCUGCGUCUUUACAACAGCAGCAGCAACAGACCCAGCAUGGACAGCACAGCCAGCAUGGACAGCAACACGGUGGGAGCCAGCAGCAUGGAGGUGGGCAGCACAGUCAGCAGCAGCAGCACCCUGCCCAGGCCCAGCAGACCUCCCUUCAGGUCGGGACAGAGGGAGGACACAAAUGUGGGGCUUGUGGACAUGAUAUCUCCCACCUGGCAAACCCUCAUGAACAUCAGUGCAUGGUGACUCAGGACAGGUCAUUCCAGUGCACCCAGUGCAUGAAGAUUUUCCAUCAGGCGACAGACUUGCUGGAGCACCAGUGUGUUCAGGUGGAGCAGAAGCCGUUUGUGUGCGGGGUGUGUAAGAUGGGCUUCUCCUUACUCACUUCUCUCGCCCAGCACCACACAUCGCACAACAGCACCAACCCAAUGAAGUGUUCAAUAUGCGAGAAGACCUACCGACCCGGCUCUUCUGGCAGCGUUACACCCAACUCCUCAAGCAAUUCCCAGCAGCCCAGCAGUGAUGGGGCAUCAGCCAGCAGCAGCUCGUCCAUUCUGCCGUUCCCCUCAGCCCGAGACCGGCCCUACAAAUGUUCCGUUUGCCAGAAAGGCUUCAAACACCUGUCGGAACUCACGCGGCAUGAGAGGGUUCACACGGGGGAGAAACCCUUCAAAUGUGACACGUGUGACAAGGCUUUCAGCCAGUCGUCACACCUGCAGCACCACCAGCGAACACACAGCAACGAACGUCCAUUCAAGUGUGCCGUCUGUGAAAAGAGCUUCAAGCACCGCUCCCACCUAGUGCGCCACAUGUACGUGCACUCUGGCGAGCACUUGUUCAAAUGCAACUUAUGUGAACUGCACUUCAAAGAGUCUUCAGAGCUUCUUCACCACCCCUGCCACCCGCAGGGUUCUCGGCCGUUUCGCUGUGCCACCUGCGGUAAGGGUUUUAAGCGGCCGUCUGACCUUCGCCAACACGAGCGCACACACUCAGAGGAGCGUCCCUUCCACUGUGACGAGUGUCAGAUGAGCUUUAAGCAGCAGUAUGCACUGGUGCGCCACAGCCGCACACACAAAGACCCUACUGACCGGCCAUUCAAAUGCAAUCUGUGCGACAAGGGCUUCAUGCAGCCCUCUCACCUCCUCUACCACCAGCACGUCCACGGCAUGGACAACCUGUUCAAGUGCGCCUCAUGCCAGAAGGAGUUCAGUCAGUCAGGAGAGCUGCUCAGGCACAAGUGUGGGGAGUCAUCCAACAACUCACCCGACAAGCCAUACAAGUGUGACGUUUGCGGCAAAGGCUACAAGAAAAGUUCCACGUUACAGCGUCAUCAAAACUCGCACUGCCAAGAGAAGCCCCUUAAGUGCUCGCUCUGUGACCGGCGCUUCCUGUCCUCUUCAGAGUUUGUGCAGCAUCGUUGUGACCCAUCGCGGGAAAAGCCACUGAAGUGCCCUGACUGUGAGAAACGUUUCAAGUACUCAUCGGACCUGAACCGGCACCGGCGCGUGCAUACGGGCGAGAAACCGUACAAGUGCGGUCACUGCAACAAGGGCUUCAAACAGCGCGAGCACUUGACCAAACACCAGAGCACGCACUCCAGAGAGGGCCAGUUCAAAUGUGUUUGGUGUGGAGAGCGUUUCAGUGACUUGGGUUCCUUGCAGGAUCACACGGUGCAGCACACAGCUGAUGGAGGCGGUUACCCUGUGUCCCAGUGCAUAUAAACCUUUGACUUCUUAUUUUGAACAGGCAGAACUUCUUUCUGUCCCUUUUGGGCUAUUUAUUCAGCCCAACAUUAACCACGCUUUCAGGAUAGUUCUGGGUUAUUGUUUUCAUUCCAACAUUGCUCCAUCAGGUUUUUGUUGCUCUGCUAACCCGCCCAGUUAACGUUACUCCAAGUUUGUCAUUCCAUAAAAAUGAACAUUUUCUGUCUUUUCUUAAGCCUGGUUCCUUCUUUUUCUAAACCCAACACUCAUACAGUGACUACAGCAUAGAGACCACUUAACUCCCAGAAACAAGUGCCAUAAUGCAGGUUGAUCUAGCAGAUACUCAGAUCCACCCUAAUUUCCUCCCUUCAGAAAUAAGUCAAAAAAAGAAACGUCCCCACUUCACAGUUAAAAAAAUCAGACAGCCUUUGUUGUUUUUAAAGCAGUUUGGCACUGUGUUUGAAAGAGUAUUGAAUGAAUCAUUCAGGGACGCCACCUUAAGUAUCCAGUAGAGUGGAGUUGUCCUCUUUUUGUUUGCGCCCCCCUUCUAUAGCCCUUUUCAGACAUGGGUUACAUAGCAUUUCAUUAGGUUGAUAAAGUGACAGCAGACUAUCGUUCAGGCAAAAGGUCACAUUCACAUUAUUGCUGCCCAUGGCCUCAUUCAGACAUACAUCAGACCCAUGGUACUCAUGCAAAAGAAAUUUUCAUACCUGUGGGGAAAAAAAAAAAAAAACUUGAGUAUUAUCAGUAUUGACUCCAGACUUUUGAUUGGUCUCUUUGUAUGUAUGUGCUGCAGCACAGAGAUGUCUCUGCUCAACUGUCUGUCCUGAGUUUCUGAACACUAUUGUAGAAACUCUGAGCUAAAAUGUUUUGUUCACAAUUACCUGAACAAAUAAAGAAAAUGCAUGAGAGACUUUCACAUUUGUAAUCUUGUGUGUGCCUAUCGGUUAACGUGACGGCACUCGUUCACUUGUCCCAUAUUGAAAGUGAUACGUAAAAAUUUACUCGGUCUGAUCUUGUAGGAUUUCCGUUGCGACCUUUACAGAAAAGUGACCCAAGUGCUCGUUUAGACAAACUUGACCCAUUUAGAGGAUGUCAGUUUAAUGGAAAAAAUUGCAUGUCUGAAAGGGGUUUUUUUUUUUUUUUUAGGCCUCCCUUCAGUUUCUCCCUCCAUCAUUGUCCCCCCCACAUCUUUCCACUGCUCCCUCCACUUCCUGACUUAGCCUGUCACUGUUUAGUAUCAGAAGUUUGCAAAGUUUCCGACCCCCCAAAGACGCACGUGUACUGAGGUUAAUGUCUUUGGCUGGGUGAAGGGUGACCUGAUAUGCUUUUUGUAUCCUUUUGUUUUAUUUUUACUCUUCUUUCUUAUUUAAGAAAUAGCCAGUAAGAUUCUCAUCUUAUGCCAAUUUGCAAUAACAUAGCAGCCAAAGGUGUUGACUCAGUGUGUUGGAACAACUUCAAUUCACAGAGGCCCCCAAAGAUCUGCUGCCGACGUCAGAGCUUUUUUUGGCAGCACGAGGGGCUCCAACACGAUAUCAGGCUGGUGGGUUUUAAUGUUAUGGCUGAUUGGUGUAUGUGAAGUCAAACAGCAUUGGGGAUUUGGGAAUGUAUUGUCCUACGGUGAAAGGAGUCUCACGAUAAAGUGUCAGAGUGCAUGUGCGGUCUAUGAUUUUCACGGUAACUCCCGUUUACACCACAAUGACAGUAUGAAGCUACACCCUGUGGUAUGUAGACUAAUCCACCAGCCCAAAUUAACAGCCAGUAAAAGCUCCAGCAGUUCUCACCACCUUCCAAUGCAGACACAUAGAAAUAAUUAUUACACACUAAUAUACUCAUCAUAUUCCUGCAGAGGUCAGUGCUGUUAGACUUGUGUAUCAAAAACAUCGAAGUCUAAACAUUAACGCUUCCUCUCUCAUCCUCAUCCUGUAUAUAACUCUGGAUGUGUGGGUGUACGUAGCCAGCUGAGUUGGAAAUGUCUUUCUUAAGAAAAUAGGUAUUGACAAACUGUUUUUGUAUUCUUGCUACUUUUUUGAAAGGUUUUGCCAGAUUGUUUUUUUUUUGUUUGUUUGGAUUUUUUUGUAUUUUGUUGUCAUUUUUGUAGUCAUGUAGUGAUUGUGCCAGUAUGUGGCGAGGAGUCUCAAAGAGAAAGCCGUGUGCGAGUUUGAAUGUGUGAAUGUAAACGGUGUUCUGUCAAACAGGGAAAUUCAGACUGAAGAGAAUUGUAGUAGAACUGUUUUCAACCAACCUGCCUUUUUUCCUUUUUUUAAAAAAAAUUUAAUAUUAAUAUUAUUAUUAUAACUAACUGUGCUGGUCUGUAUGAGAGACAUUUCUGCCGGACGACCCUGCACCCUGUGUUGAAUAAUUUCCACGGUUUGAAAUAGGGCUGCAACUAUCGAUUUAUUUUAGUAAUCGAGUAUUCUAUCAAUUAUUCCAUUGAGUAAUCGGUUAAGAAACACUUUUGUUUCAUUCAGUUCAUCUGCAUAUUUUACCUUCUGUAGAUUUAUUGCAGUUUUUCGCUGUGUGAAACAAACAGCGGUGGAUGGAGCAGCUACAAAGUUCUCUUUUCUUCACUUGCUGAUCAGGUGGUUGAUGAAGGACCUCCAGCUGU